UGUUUGGUGCAUGAAUAAUUAUUUAUUCGCUGUGAAAGACCUGAGUUUGGAGAUGCAAUCUCCUAGAAUACCUGGCAGAAAACGAGGGAGACCCCCACUCCACUCAAAUGCUCUGAAAAUGACAGUCCAUAACAUCUAUUCUGGUUCAGCUGGAUCCAUCCCACCUGUAAAAAUUCCAAAGAAGAGAGGAAGGAAACCUGGUUUUAAGCUGAAAUCUCGUAUUGUAAUGACACCAUUAGCAAUUUCCCCACCACGCAGUACCCCAGAGCCAGAUAUCAGCUCCAUUCCUCAGGAUGCAGCAACUGUGCCCAAUUCCACUAUCCCACAGGCACUUACAGUUUGCAUUUAUGUGAACAAACAAGGUAACACAGGACCUUACCUUGACAGAAAAAAGGUUCAGCAACUGCCUGAUCACUUUGGGCCUGAGCGCCCUUCCAUGGUAUUGCAGCAAGCAGUUCAAGCCUGUAUUGACUGUGCUCACCAGCAGAAAAGUGUAUUCUCCCUUGUAAAGCAGGGUUACGGAGGAGAAAUGGUCUCAGUGUCUGCUUCAUUUGAGGGAAAGCAGCAUCUCCUCAGCCUGCCUGUUGUGAACAGCAUAGGGUAUGUCCUGCGCUUCCUAAAAAAGCUCUGCCGCAGUCUGAUCUGUGACAAUCUGUUCAGCAAUCAGCCCUUUGUACAGUACAGCACCACCUCAGACAACCCUAAGGAAUAUGACACUGGCAGGAUGGAGACAGCAGAAACUGUCAUACCAGAAGAUUACCUGGUGGACCCUGUCAAUACAAAGCGAUACAGUGUUGAUCCUUCUGAUUCUGCCUACAACUAUAUGAGUUCCCUUUAUCCUGGAAGACAAAGCAAUGGUGAAGGACGCCUGGGCAGUGGAGGAAGCUCUUCAUGCAAUCACCGGUCCAGUCAGAUGUCUUCAGUAGGUCAAGCAUCAGCAGGCUUAAGACGCCAAACAUCAAGUCCCACGAGGAGCGGAAGUUACCUUGAGGGAAACAGAAGUGCCUCAAGCCCUUCCCCGGAGAACCAGGAGACCAUACGGCCAUCUAGUAAAGAUCCCUCCAAUUGGACUGUGGAAGAUGUUGUCUGGUUUGUGAAGGAUGCUGACCCACAGGCAUUGGGCCCACAUGUUGACCUCUUUCGAAAACAUGAGAUCGAUGGCAAUGCCCUGCUGUUGCUGAGGAGUGACAUGGUUAUGAAGUACUUGGGACUAAAACUGGGGCCUGCUCUGAAGCUUUGCUACCAUAUUGAUAAGCUGAAGCAAACAAAGUUCUAAAGUUCAGACAUUUAAACAGAACUUUAACACACAAGAGUCGUAACAUGUUGCCUUAUCCAAAGGCCAUUCUAACACCUCCUUUUUAUUUUUUCACAGGCUUGUGUUUUACAAAUGGUUGUGUAAAUUUCAUAUCUUUAUUACUGAAAAAGGUAUUCAGUACAAUUCAUUCCUCUGAACAUGUUGGAUAUUACUAGAGAUGGCUGUUCUUCUUCUUUCUCUGAUUGAAAAAACAAGCAAGUGAUCACAAACAAUAAUUCUGCACUAUUUAUACGAUAGGGGCUGUGAGAUUAGACCUAGAUGCAACAUCCAAUCAAGAAUUGCCAUAUGAACUUAAUUUCUUGAAAACAAGAGGUAUUACUUUUGUUAUUUAAUAAUCCCUUUUGAUCAUACA